AUGACGCAUCCGACAAAGGAGGUCGACCCGCUGCCCGACAAUCCUGACAGAGACUUGUCAUGGACUUUGGACUCGCUUCAAGGAUUCUGCAGGGGAGAAGGCCUUGAGGAAGGCAACCGUCACCUUUCGUGGUCGCUGGGUACGUUUCCGGACCGCUGGAUGUACCUCAACUUCAUCUUCUACUACCUCACCCCGUGCGAUAGUAGCGACGGGGACGAGUGGAUUGGCUCCGGUAUUCGGUGCGACCGUCAGAGCAUCACGGUACCCCUUGGGGGUCCUAGCGGCAAAGAGACCUUCAGGGAACGGCGAGUCUGGCUCAGCAUGCGUACUGCAACGCCAUACAGAGAUGAUCGCCAAGCGGACGCGACUUAUCUGGAGGGGCCGGCUACGAUUGGGUUCGUCCUGGCCGACGGGUUCCAUCAUCCAGUCGGAUUGACCAAGAAGGAAUGGUUUGAGCGCGGACUGGAGCCUGCCAGUGCUUAUGGCGCUUGGGGUAUAACGGCUUUCCAAAUGCUCCUUUGGGGUGGGGUGGAAGAAUGGAGCAGAGGCUGGAACGCCUGUCUUGAUUAUGUUGAAAGACUUUAUGAAGUCCAAGUCGGGGAUAUAGAUGGCAGCGACCCAAAGAAGCUUCACGACCUCACGUUUGACCCUUUCGGCGGGCUGGCCAAGGAAUACUUCGUCGCAGCCCACCUGCUCAAGAUCUUCCGCCGCCAUAUAGAUGUCCUGCCCCGUUCCCUUGAGCAGAUGAGAUCAAAGUGGCAGACGACACACCCAGGCGUGGAAUCGGAUCUCUUACAGCGUUUUGAUAAUGCCACCCAGUUGAUGAUACUAAGAAACUGGUCUCAACUGAUGAACCACGCUCACGCUCUGCAUGGAAAGCUUGCCCAAAGGAUCGAGAAGACAUCGGGCGAGUUCAUGAACCUGAGGAACAGUGUGAGCAUUACCAAUGGCAUCGACCGGCAUCCACAAAAGAGGCUAAUGAUGGCGAAAAUUAGCAUCGCACAUGAUUCACAGGAAUAUGAAUUCCAAGUGUUUGCUAGGAGCAAGGGCAGGAAGCAAAAUGAAAUGCCGUCACCCGGAUAUUGA